AUGAAGAAGGCAUAUAGGCAGAAGGCCCUCUCCUGCCACCCAGACAAAAAUCCGGAUAAUCCCAGAGCAGCUGAACUCUUCCAUCAGCUUUCUCAGGCCUUGGAGGUACUGACCGAUGCUGCUGCCAGGGCUGCAUAUGACAAGGUCAGGAAAGCCAAGAAGCAGGCAGCAGAGAGAACCCAGAAACUUGAUGAGAGAAGGAAGAAAGUGAAGCUUGACCUGGAGGCCCGGGAGCGGCAGGCCCAGGCCCAGGCCCACGGCGGCGACGAGGAGGAGGAGGAGGAGAGCCGGAGCACCGGGACACUAGAGCAAGAGAUCAAACGCCUGCGAGAAGAGGGUUCCCGACAGCUGAAGGAGCAGCAGAGGGUGAUCCAGGAGCAGAUACGCCAGGAACGGGAACAGAGGUUGAGAGGAAUGGCAGAAAAUCCUGAAAGCAAAGGAACCCCCAAGCUAAAGCUCAAGUGGAAGAGCAAGAAGGAGGCCAAGUCACAAGGUGGCUAUUCCAGAGAUGUCCUCCUGCGGCUUUUUCAAAAGUAUGGAGAGGUGCUCAACCUGGUACUGUCCAGUAAGAAGGCAGGCACUGCCGUGGUGGAGUUUGCAACCAUCAAGGCUGCGGAGCUGGCUGUCCAGAAUGAAGUGGGCCUAGUCGAUAACCCUCUGAAGAUUUCCUGGUUGGAGGGACGACCCCAGAGCACAGUGGGCCCUAACCACCCAGGACUGUCCCAGGGUUCGGUGCGGUCUGAGAGGGACUAUGAGAGCCUCGUCAUGAUGCGCAUGCGCCAGGCAGCUGAGAGGCAGCAGCUGAUCGCCCAGAUGCAGCAGGAAGACCAGGCUGGGCAGCCCACAUAGCCUCCUAGCCUCCUGCCUCCAGCCCUCCCACCCCACAGCCCUUUUCUUAAACAUCACCAAUAAACUUUUUUUUUUUUUUU